CUCCUCUCUCUCUCAUUCUUCAAAGACCUUUUCUUUUGUUCUCUCAUCAAUAAAACCACCCUCAACCGAAGCAAUAGAUCAAAUUAUUGUCAUCUAGGGUCAUCCUAAGGUGCCCUCUGAUUCUUCAAAUUUUUAUUUUGAUUCAGAUUUUUGUGAAAUUUAUAUUUCUUCUCAUUAGAUUAGAAGAAAUGGGAAGCAUUCCUAAGGCACCACUGGGCUCAUGUACCGAUGCUGCCAUUCCUCUACUCGGCUUUGGAACUGCGGCAUGGCCGUUUGGCGGAUCCAACACCGUGAAAACUUCCAUUCUGCAUGCAAUCAAACUCGGCUAUAGACACUUCGACUCCGCUGCAAUAUACGAAUCGGAACGGCCACUUGGUGAGGCCAUAACUGAAGCUUUGAGGCUAGGGCUCAUCAAAUCUCGUGAAGAACUGUUUAUCACGUCGAAGCUUUGGUGCAGCAAUGCACAUUCUGAUCGCGUCAUUCCUGCCCUACGACAAACACUCCAGAAGCUCGGGUUGGACUAUGUUGAUCUCUACCUAAUUCAUUUUCCAGUUAGCUUGAAGCCAGGGGUUGACAAAGUGCCAUUCGAUGGGAAAUUCCUUCUUCCAAUGGAUUUCAAGUCAGUUUGGGAAGCCAUGGAGGAGUGUUAUAAAUUGGGGCUCUCAAAAAAUAUUGGAGUGAGCAACUUCUCCUGCAAGAAGCUCAACCUGUUACUUGCUACAGCAAAGAUCCCUCCCGCAGUAAAUCAAGUGGAGGUGAGCCCGCUUUGGCAGCGGAAGGGGCUGCGGGAGUUUUGUAAGGAGAAGAAGAUUCAUGUUACAGCAUACUCUCCUUUAGGGGCCAAAGGGACACUAUGGGGAACUAAUCAAGUCUUGGACUGUGAGGUGCUGAAAGAGAUUGCUAAGGCUAGAGGAAAGUCAAUUGCUCAG